AUGUUCAAUGACCCUCCGCCACCAGGACCCAUGGGCAUUGAUCCGCUGAGGAGCGUAGCAAAAGAGCUGAAAUUCAUGACCGGCAAUAUAAGGCAGUUGCUGGGAUCUGGACAUCCAAUGCUGGAUUCCGUAUCGAAAUACUACACACAGUCUGAGGGCAAAUAUAUCAGGCCAACGCUUGUGUUACUCAUGUCGCAAGCGACAUCUUUCUUACCUCGCAGUCCGCGUUCACCAUCGGCUGGGCAACGGUCGAUAGACACAGCCAUCACUUCGCCCGCCGUAUUGAACGACCAAAACCCCGAUACACCUCUCACUACCACGAAUGCCGACGAUGCCGAAACAGAUGACCCUUCAGUACUACCCUCGCAACGACGACUAGCAGAGAUUACAGAGCUAAUCCACACAGCGUCGCUCCUUCACGACGAUGUCAUCGACCACUCGCUUUCGCGGCGAGGAAAUGCGUCAGCAAACAUCGAGUUUGGAAACAAGAUGGCAGUGCUCGCAGGAGACUUUCUGCUUGGAAGAGCUUCGGUAGCGUUGGCACGUUUACGGGAUCCGGAAGUGACAGAGCUCCUGGCCACUGUGAUUGCCAACCUGGUAGAGGGAGAAUUCAUGCAGUUGAAGAACACGGCCCUGGACGAGAAACACCCAGCAUGGAGUGAGGAUACGGUCAGCUAUUACUUGCAAAAGACAUACCUCAAGUCCGCCAGCUUGAUCAGCAAAUCUUGUCGAGCGGCCGCUCUGCUAGGCGAGCAUCCUAGGGAGAUUGUAGAAGCUGCGUACCAGUACGGGAAGAAUCUGGGUUUGGCAUUCCAGCUCGUAGAUGAUAUGCUGGAUUACACGGUGAGCGGACAGGAACUUGGCAAGCCAGCCGGUGCAGACCUAGAGCUCGGUCUUGCAACAGCACCGUUGUUGUUUGCAUGGAAAAACAACAAGGAGCUCGGUACACUUGUCGGGCGGAAGUUCUCCCAAGAAGGGGAUGUGCAGAAGGUAAGACUUGAUAUCGCUGAUCAGAUCCGCUGAAGAUGAGCUAAUGCCGGGUAGGCACGAAACUUGGUGAUCGAGAGCGAUGGUAUCGAGCAAACUCGGGCACUGGCUCAAGAUUAUGUCGACACAGCCGCGCGAGCGAUCUCGGACUUCCCGGAGAGCGAAGCGAAAGUCGGACUCAUUGAUAUGUGCUCGAAAGUCAUGAGCAGGCGGAAAUAGACACUGACCAGGCACAUAUUACUCGAUUUGUAUCCAUCCGGCAGAGUCCAUUCAGAUGAUGUUGGCGAGCCCGGCGUUCGAGGUGCUUCUCGGGUACUUCCAUUGUGGAUCUCUAUAUGUUCAGCGUGUACAUAGAUAUCAAUGUGCGAUUAGAGACGGCUUACUACCAGCAUAUGAAGAACUGAGGGUGAAGUGAAGAGCGAAGAGCUUCUCACUCCAUCGUCAGCGGAUAUUUAUAAACAAAGUUUCCCCACUUGCCAUUCCUUGCUUCACAUGCAAGCCCCACGAGCUUCCACUUUCUCCUUCUCAAUUCCACAGCACGACAAUGUGAACGCCCGCAACCGUGAGCAGCACUCAAGUAGCCACAGCCGCCGAGACGUGAUGACAACAAUGCCAACGAAGAAAUGUAUAUCCAUCCGCUCUCCCACACAAUACCUACCUUGGGCCCAUUUCACUAACCCCAUCCAGGAUCGACCCCUCCACUCGUCUCCGACGAGCAAUCCACCUCCACGACCUCCUCCUCGUGCAACGAAUCAUCCACAACAACCCCCGACUGCUCCAGAACCCAGAUUUCCAAGACAAAUCCAACACCUCCCUGCACCUCGCCGCGACGCACGGGUCCACCGACAUUGCCUCCUACCUGAUAGCCUCCGGGCACGACGCGCAGGAGAUCUCCCGGAAUUCGGAACACGACACCCCUCUGAUGCUCGCGGCCCAGAACGGGCACCAUGAAGUCGGCACGCUCCUCGCGCACGCUUUCCCGCGCUGCAUUCCGCACGUGAACCGCCAAGGGCUGGAUGCCCUGGCGAUGGCGGCGCAGUGUCCGGCGAGUGCGGCGAUGAUACCCGUCCUGCUGCAGGACGCGGCCUUCCCGGCGAGCGUGCACGUGCGGGAUGCGGAUGGGAAUACACCGCUGCAUCACGCCUCGGCGUCGGGGAGUCUGAAAGCUCUGAGGAUUCUGCUCGCGGCGGGCGCGAAUCCCCUGGCGAAGAAUAACUAUGACUGGACGCCGUUGGCGUAUAGCCAGACGGUGGCGGCGGAGGUGUAUUUCAAGAAUCUGGUGGCGGAAUUCGAGAGGAGGAAGGUGGAGGGGGCGAAGCAGAGCGAGGAGAGGGAGAGGCAGAGGGUUGCUGGGUUGCGGAUCGUGGAUGCGGCUGCUGAUGGGGAUGGCGAGGAGGGAGGGUAUGAGGAGGAGGAUAAGGUGAUAGGGGAUGCGUUGAAGAGGCACUGGAGUCCUGUGGAGAGGAAGAGGCCGAAUACGCCCGGGAGGGCUGGGAGUCAUGAGUGGGGGAGUGCGCCUACGAUCUCGCACAUCAGGACGAGAAGUGGAAGUGGAGACUGA